AAAAAUGAAAAAGGAAGUCAGUCGUUUCUCUUCGAGGUCCGUUUGCGUGUGUUGAAGUGGUGAUGAAGGGACGAAAACGCCGCCGCGACCCUUACCCAACCCCAGUACCGGAUGAUUCUGGGCGCCGUUUUCCAGCAGCCGAAGCCCAAACUCAAAUUCACCCAUCAGUCAUAAUCGAUGACAGAGAACGGGAGAUCGAAACCCUGCUGAUGGAGAACCAGCGUCUGGCAGCAGCACACGUGGCUCUUAAACAGGACCUCUCUGCCGUUCAACAGGAGCUCCAUCUUCUCUCUUCCACAGCCGCAACCGUCAAAACCGAAAGUGAUGCUGAAGUCCGAGAGGUUUACGAGAAGGCAAGGAAGAAGGAAUCUGAUGUCCGUAUAGAGGACGAGCUUAGUGUGGAAAUGGCUAGAGUUAGGACAGAUAUACAGAACCUAAAUGCUGACCGCAAAGAGCUUACUGCCAAAUUGCACGACAUGGAGGAUGAUCUCCUUAAGGUUCGUGAAGAGUUACAACAGUUUCCUGUAAUCAAAGCUGAAAUUGAGUCCAUGCAUAAGGAAGUUCAACGAGGAAGGGCUGCUAUUGACUAUGAAAAAAAGAUGUAUGCCAGCAACCUUGAAUAUAGUCAAGAAAUGGAGAAGCAUAAGAUUACUAUGACUUCUGAAAUUGAAAAGCUACAUGCUGAGCUUGCAAAUGCAGAAAAGAGGGCAAGGGCAGCAGCUGCUGCUGCAGCUCCAAGUAAUUCAAACCACCAGUUUGCUGCAGCAACUCCAGGUUUUACAUAUUCUGCCGAUUAUGGAAAUCCUGAAACAGGAUAUGGAGGGAAUCUGUACCCUGCUUCUUAUGCUGUACGUCAGGUUCAGGGCAGUACUGAUGCAGCCACCCAAUAUGUUCCAGGAGCCAUGUCAUAUGGUUCACAUGGUCCUUACGACAUGACACAACCCUAUGUACAUCAGUAGUUUGUGGUUGGAAACUGAAAAGCUUCUGUUGGAUCCCAAGCACAAGUAAAUGUGUCUUAACUUUCAUGAGAAUAGUGGAUUCUUGACGAAGCACAGGUCAAAUAAUUAUUCUUGGUGCACGAAUGCUAAUCUGGCUUGCAGCAGUCAUCUUGAUUGCAGGCUCAUAAUUCAGAUAAUGACAGUUCUGGUUCAUUCUGCAAAUCUCUUUCCCUUACUCCGGCUAGUAAAUUAGCUGGAUGCGGGAUAUAAACCUAUUUAGUCCUUUAAAUUAAUUUCAGUCAGGAUUUUAGAGACUUGGAUAGCAAAUUUAGAAUUAACUAGGAACCUGUAAAGCAUAUUGAUCAAAUCGUUUGUCAAAAAUUUUCAUCUUUA